AUGACCGACAACAGGGAAGAUGGCUCGGAGUGGAAGGUCCUAGAUAAAGCCGGCGGGGCGCAUGAGCCGAUGAUGAUCAACUUGGAAGGCACCCGCGUCUUGAAGCAGCUGGAGGCAGACAGGACCCGAGAAGCUUUUGCGUACCAGGAGCUGAGCAAGACUGCGUUAGGUGCGUUCCUUUGCCCUUUCUAUGGGGUCAAGAGGCUCAACGAGUCAGAGUACAUGGAGCUCGGCAGUGCCUAUGCAGGCAUGCAAGGGCCCACAGCAACGAUGGACAUAAAAAUUGGUAAGAAAACUUGGGAGGACGACGCGUCGCCAGCUAAAGUUGCCAAGGAGUCCAAGAAGUUUGACGAAGUGUAUUCUCAGAGCAGUGCCAUGGAUGGUUUCCGUGUGGCAGGCAUGAAGGCUGGUGCCUUGGUUCUAAACUCCGGCAACCUGAAGGCCCGCUUCAGCCUCAGGACGGAAGAGUUUGGUGGCUGGUUAUUGCCAGCUUUUCUUGCUGGCCCUCCAGGAUUUGGACCGUUGCCUGCGGGAAAUGCUGGAUUGUCCAAACCGGACAACCAAAACUGCGACAUUGAUAGGGUUGCGGCCGUGGAGAUGUUACAAAAGAUCAAGGCCAUCAGUGCAGCAGCAGAGUCAGGUUUCAACGGGACUUUGCGAGCUUCCAGCCUACUGUUCACCAGAGAGAUGCGACUAGGAGGAAGGUGGGCAAUACAUUUGAUAGACUUGGCACAUUACUCUCAGCCUUCGGAAAACGUUGGCAUUCGCGAUGACAAUUUUUGUGACGGAUUGAGGAACUUUGUCCAAAUGUGGGAGAUGUGGUGCAACGAUAGGCCCGGCCAGUGGUGUCCUCCUCGGUUAUGCUGCGGUGCGCGUAAGUGA